AUGCUCCUCUCACUUGUCGCCGUCACCGUCACCGCAAUCCUCCAGCUGGCGGUAGCCACGAACGUCAGCCCGCCGAUUCUCUACGCGCGUCACGCAUUGCAGGAUGAAUCCCUCGAGAAACGCGCAAGCUGCGCAGGCGGCGGCCAGUGUCUUCUGGGGACAUGCUGCGGCGACGGAUGCGCCUUGAACUGCUGCGCGUACGAUAACGGCGGCCUGGGCUGCGGAAUCGCAGAACGGUGCCAGUUCCACGGGAAUGUGUUUGUCGGGUGUUGUGGGAAUUUCCUCGGGGGCUGCACUGGCGAGGCGACAAGAGUCACGGUCCACUCGCCUUACUCGACUGUUACACUCGGCGGACAGACUGGUGCGAUAACUGCUACGGCUACUACCACGACGGAGCAGAUGUUUACUGCGAUUUCGGCGACGCCGACUGCGACCGCAACUACGUCGAGCCAGCAGACUGAGACUCAGACGAAAAGUAGUUCGCAUUCUCAUCGCGUCUCGACGUCAAGCACGAGUGUAACCGACGCCGGGACCACGUCUAGUAGUAGCACUCAUAGUCCGACGACGACUGCGGUGUUCUCGCAGGCUUCGCCGUCGCCGAAUGGCGGGGAUUCUGGCGUGGGUGCGGGAGCGCCCCUUCUGGCUGGGAUGGUUGCUUUGGGUGCUGUUCUGUUGUGA